UUGCCAGUGUAAAGAACCAUCUAAUAAUUCAACAAAAUCUUUUUAUUGCAUAUAAAUAAAUUUUUAUAAACUUAACUUAUGAAAUGAGCGAACAACAAAUAAUACUAACUUAGGUCUAAAUGAGUACAAUUAAAAGAGCGUAUUAUUAAUUGGUAUAAUUUCAUUGCAGCAUAAUGAGAAUUUAUAUGCUUAAAGUUUUGAAGAUUAUGAAGACUGCUUUGCAUUUUGACUAUACUUAGUAUACUAUACUUAAUAACUAUUACAUUUUUUGUAAAAACACAUUUAAUUAAAUUAAUUGAAUCGAUAUUAAAAUUAAUUACUUCUAUUUUGCAAUUAUACAUUCAAAUUUUAAAGCACCCUGUGUUUUUACCAGCUGCAGCUGAAUUCAGCGAUCAGCUGUACGUUAUCAAUGGGACCUAAAGAAACACCGGUAUGGAGCGACUCUCAAGAUUGUUUUGGCCAGUUCUGGUGAUACCAAAAAGCUCUGUUGUAAAGAAUGUCGAGGCCAUUUCACGUAGUCAAAAGUUACUAACCGAAUUAGGUUUGGUUAGGCCAGCUUAUAAUGGUACCUACCAGCUAAUGCCACUGGCGCAACGUGUGGUGGAUAAGUGUGCCGAUUUAGUGCGUCGCCAAAUGCGCAGUGUGGGCGCACAACAGAUAACAUUGCCUGUUCUGACGCCGUCAGCGUUGUGGAAAAAGUCCGGUCGCUUAGACGGUGAUAUAACCGAAUUCUAUUUAUUAAAAGAUCGACAUGGCAAACAAUUUAUACUGAGUCCAACGCACGAGGAAGCGGUAACUGCAUUGUUGGCAAGUAUUGCGCCGAUUUCUUACAAGCAAUUGCCCAUUAGACUCUUUCAAAUCGGACACAAAUUUCGCGACGAGUUAAAACCACGCUUCGGUCUAAUUAGAGCAAAAGAAUUUGUUAUGAAGGAUCUCUAUACAUUUGACCGUGAUGCAACAACUGCUUUGCAUACUUAUAACCAAAUAAAUUCCGCAUAUGAUACGCUUUUCCAGCAGCUACAAGUGCCAUUUGUUAAAGUGGAAGCCGCUACCGGCAUUAUGGGUGGCAGCGUGUCACACGAGUAUCAUUAUCUAGCCGCCACUGGUGAAGAUCAACUUAUUGCUUGUGACUCUUGUGGCUAUGCUGCCAAUAUGGAAACUAUAAAUGAGACAAAUAGUGACAAACAUUGCCAACGUUGCAAUUCAACUCAUCUGCGCAGCGUAACUGGCAUUGAAGUGGGACACACUUUUGUAUUAAAUGAUAAAUACUCCAAACCGCUAAAGGCAACAUUUCUGCAAGAGAAUGGCAAACCCGAAAAUCUUGUAAUGGGCUGUUAUGGUAUUGGCGUCAGCCGAUUGGUGGCAGCAGCAGUAGAGGUGCUUGCAACGGAGAAUGAAUUGCGUUGGCCAACACUUCUGGCACCAUUUGAUGUUUGCAUAAUAGGCGCGAAACAAGGUAGUAAAGAGGAGAAAUUAGCCAAUGGUGUGGAAAAUGAGUUUUGUAGCUCGCUUAGUACCAUUUGUAAUGAAGAAGAUGUGUUAAUUGAUGAUCGUAGUAAUUUUACAAUAGGCAAAAGGCUAUUGGAAGCGAAAAGAAUGGGUUAUCCCAUCAUUGUCGUAAUUGGAAGCAAGGCAGCGAACGCUAUACCAAAAGUUGAACUGCAUUUGACUUCGGGUGAAACAAUGGAUGUUGAGCCAAGCGAGGCGCUAGCUUUAAUCGCAAAAUAUACAAACCAUAAGCGGGAACUCUACAACACAAAAUUGGAUUAUAGUGAACCAGCGAAAUCUAGUAAGGCGUCUAUUAGUUGAGUCUUAGCAAUAUCUAACAGUGACAAAGCUGCGCGAAAGUUCUAAUUGAUUGCAUGCUGCAUAUUUUCAGUUUUCAUCUCAUUACUAAACAUUUUUUAGUAUUUAUAUAGAACUGCAUUUUAUUAACACAAACUAAAACUUCCCCUUUAAAUAUAAGUACAAAAUUAAUAACUGUAACUAUGACACAAAAUUGUGUAAGAAAAAUCAUUUUGUUACGCUAAAUAUACUUAAAGUAUUUAAAUCACUGUUAACUUGACUAUUUGGCUACAAAAGCGGCAGAUUUGCCUUAAGCGCUGCAAACUCUUUUCGAUCAAGCGCUUUAAGCUGUGUUCCUAAAUAGGGCGAAAAGUGCUCCAAAUCACGAUGCUUGUUCACCAAAAUCUUUUGGUCCGAGGUGAUGAUAUUAAUUUCACGUUCAAUUUGCAUUUGAUCUAGGAAUUUUAAAUGAAAUGCCGUUAAAAUCACGUGUAAACGCUUUGUCAAAGCAAAAUUUAGCAAUCACCGUUUUUCAAAAGCUUCAAAGCCUUUUCACGUUCCAUUUUGACAAGCAUGCUGCCCACCGUUAUCCAAACUUUCUUCUCAUUCUUGGCUGCAUGCUUUUCGAGCUCACGUAUCGCUUCGCGUGUUUGUUGUCUGCGUUUAUCCAGCUCUACCAACUCUUGCUUGUUCAUCAAUAUCUUAUCGGCCACCUCUUCGGUUGAUUUUAUAAUCUCAACCGUUUUUUGUUCAUCGGUUUUAGACAUUUUUCACUGAUGAUCAACUGAUGAAUAUAUGAAUAUAC